AUGAGUGACGAGGAAUGGAACCAACGUCUGCAGAAGUCUGAGGAACGCAGGCGCCAGAAAGACGCACAGAUUCAGAAAGAGGUGGAACAAGAGCGUGCCACAGCCAAAGAGGCUGCCGUCAAGAUUAUUACUCCCUACUUGGCCAUGGUCAACGGCCAGAGGAGUAUCAGGCGAAGCUUGCAAAGAAACUCAAGGCUUACCAUGAGAAGCCAGCUGGAGACAAAACUCCCGCUGAAGAGUGGAAAGCCGCCCAUGCUAAAGUUGGUCGGAUCUUGGCUAGUGUCCUUAUCCUACCUUGAACAUCGACAAGUGACUAUUAACGAUAACGAAGUCAAGUAUCUUGAAAGUCUAGUCGCCAAAAAGGUGAACCCUCCCGUUUUCAUCCUGGCUGCCUCUGAGGACAACUUGAAGAGGAUGUCUCAGACUAAAGACUCCUCACUGUCUGCACCCAAGGCACAGCUCGUAUUUGUCGUAGAAGACGACUUGAUUCGAAAAGAGAUUAUUGAGCUAGUCUUGGAGGAUGAUUCUGAGCAACAAGUAUAUGACGUAAUAAACUUCGGCAUCUAUAUAAGCUCAUGUCAAUGA